UUUUCCAAUCUGCGGUCCAGGAUGAACAAGAUCUUGCUCGCCAUCACCCUGCUUUUCGCCGUCUUCGCGUUCGGCACGGCGGAAGCCCAGUUGAACACCACCUCGAUCAAGAACGCCACCGACAGCGGUCUCCACGCCCUCAACAAGACCGCCGACUUGAUCGACGACAAGGCGGACCAACUCAAGGACGAAAUCCGCGACUUCUUUGACAUUACCGACGACUCGACUGCUGAAAAAGUCGGCAAAUACGCCAUCGUUGUUGCGAUUGCUGCCGCCGGUGUCUUUGUCGGUACCCACGGGUAUAAGUUGACCAAGCCCGUGUCGUUCAUCUCCGGCUUUGGCUUGGGCGGUGUCUUCUUCAGCGCCGUAUUCGCCACCCUUUUCCCCGUCUCCAAGGCCGCCCCCAUCGCCGCUUUUCUUGUCGGUGGUUUGAUUCUCGGAUUGGUUGCCGUGUACUUCUACCGCGUUGGCAUCUUCAUCUUGGGCGGUGCCGGUGGUUUGGCUAUUGGUGCCCAAGUGGCGCAAUUGGCCCAAGCCGGUCACGUCCUCACCAUCGUGCUCCUGAUUGUGUUCGCUAUCAUCGGCGGCAUCUUGGUGUUGUACCUUGAAAAGCCCGCCAACAUCAUCUCCACCUCUGUGUUCGGAUCGUGGAUGUUCGUCCGCUCCGUCGGGUUCUUUGCCGGCAGUUACUCGAACGGUUCCAACUUUGACACCCUCACCCAGGCACAAAAGAACGCUUUCUUUGCCUACUUUGGUGGCCUCGUCGUGCUCGCGAUCAUCUUCUCGAUUGUCCAAUUCAAGUACACCGCCGUGGGCAUCAACUACGGAUUGGGCAAGGACGACGAAAAGGACGCCAAGAAAGCCGAGAACCCCGCCGCCACCGCGGGGGCCGCAAAGCCCAAUGCGCAAAAGCCUGUCAACAUGGUCUAAAACCCUUAACAGUAUAACACGUUUUACAAGUAUUCUCUCAUA